AACUGAUAUCACAGUUAUUAAACUGGCACAACACUCUGCCGUCAACUCUUUCUCCAUCUUCAUCAACUUCCCUUAUGUACGAUGCAGUCAAAUGCUGCUAUCCUCACGCUAUGGACCACCGUUACGCUGCUGCUGCACCACAGCUCAGCGGAGUCUGGCGACCCCACCGUCGAAACUGGCCUUAACACACUCAACGCCGCAAUUAAGACUGUCAGUGGAAAUCCAAAAGCCGAAAAACCAACGGAAACUCGGUCCUUUGCACCCGACCUCCUACAAACAUUUUUGAAAUGCCCCGACCCAUUAAUGAAUUAUGGCUGCCGCGAGUGUGAGAAGUCAUGCGCCAACCCGAACCCGCCGGUGUUAUGCGUUUAUGAUUGCCACAACACCUGCGUCUGCAAAUUUGGUCUAUAUCGUACCUUCCUUCCUUCGCCCACAUGCGCGCCGCCGAAUGGACCCGUGAUCAACAACUGUAAAGGAGCACCAAAAAACGUUAAAGGUUAAACAGCAGAUGGCCCGAUACGUGUUGCGAG